AUGGCCAUGGAGGGCGGUAAAUAUGGCCUGGCCGAUCCAGCCAGUCUCGAAAAGAUCGAUAAGCUCUUCGCUUGUGGUGUCGGCGACAUUGUCAAUUUGCCUCAGAUCGUUGUGGUCGGAGAUCAAUCCUCUGGGAAGAGCAGUGUCUUGGAAGGAAUGAUCGGAUUCCCGCUGCCUCGUGACAGCGGGCUCUGCACCAGAUUUGCAACACAGAUCAUCUUCAAACGCUCCACCAAAACAAUGAUCUCGGUGUCCAUCAUUCCUGGCGUGGAUGCAACUGAAGAGCACAAGGCAAAUCUCCAAGCUUGGUCCGGGCGAGAGCUGGAUGUGCUCGACCCUGCGGCAUUCAAGUUGAUCAUGGAUGAGGUUCACGAGGUGAUGGGCGUCUCACGUCCCCAAGACGGCUCCCCAAGCGCAGGCUCAACGUUUUCGCGCGAUGUCCUGCGACUCGAGAUCUGUGGUCCGACACAGGAGCACCUCAGCGUCAUUGAUGUGCCGGGUAUCUUCAAAAACACCACACCAGGUCUGACUACCAAGAAGGACAUCUCACUCGUGCGCGCCAUGGUCCAAGGUUACAUGGAGAACCCUCGAUCGGUAAUGCUGACCGUCAUUCCCGCCAACGUCGAUGUCGCAACUCAGGAGAUUCUCGAGAUGGCGGUGGAUGUCGACCCCGAUGGAAAACGCACACUGGGUGUACUCACCAAACCUGAUCUGGUCGACCACGGGGCUGAACCAAGAGUCAUUGAUCUCUUGGAAGGGCGUGCUUACCCUUUGAAGCUUGGGUGGCACGUCGUGCGCAAUCCAGGUCAGAUGCAGCUGGCCGAUGAUUCACUCAACCGUGGCAGCGUGGAGCGAGAUUUCUUCUCGAUCUCUGCACCCUGGAAAGAUGUCGAUCUCGAUAAGAAGGGCAUAGACGCCUUGAGGGUGCGGAUCCAGGUCGUUCUCAGCGACCUUGUGCGGCAAGAGUUUCCAAAGGUUAGGCAAGAGACGCUACGGAAGCUUACUUCUGCCAAAGAUAAGCUUGGCCAUCUGGGAACUGAGAGAGACACCACCGAGAAGCAGUUACUGUACCUGGUAGACUUGGCUUCCCGAUUCCAGCGGAAGGUAUCCUUGUCCAUCGACGCCAAGUACGGCAGCGAUGAACUCUUCGACGAUAUGGAUCUUCGGUUGGCCAGUCUCGUCAGCAUACGCAAUGAACAGUUCUCUGGCGAAUUGAGCCGCCAUGGCCAUGAGUAUCAGUUUCUGACAUCUGAGGCUACUGGCAAGGUGGAGGACCACGAGGAAGAGGAGGAUAGUGAUGAGUCUGGAGUUGAAUCAGUUGGUGACUCGUCUUCUGACAGCGGGGUGACAUUCAAAAUCCGAAAACUGAUAGAGUGCGAGGACAUCGAGGAAAUUCUCCGCCCACAGGCAGAACUCGCCAACGCAAAUACAACAGGAAUCUCUCGGUGGCUCCAGGGAGUGUUUCGAAGUUCGCGUGGUUUCGAGCUGGGCACUUUCGGCUCAGCCGUUUUGUCGUCAACGCUGAAAGUCCAGUCAAGGAAAUGGACACCCAUCGCCCUGGGCUAUAUCAGUGAUAUUGUGACCAUGGUCCACCGUUUCAUUGAUCGGGUUCUUGAUGCGAUCUGUCCUGAAAAGUCGGUCAAAUCUGAGUUAAUCUCUGCUCUAUGGGACAACCUUGUGGAACGGUACACGAAAGCCAUCGAUCAUGUCCAGUUCCUGCUGACUGUCGAGUUGGAGGGCACUCCGAUGACAGUGAAUCACUACUUCAAUGAAAAUCUUCAGAAAUGCCGGCAGAACAGAAUGCAAGCUCGGAUGUCCAAGUUGUCAGUUGAUAACUGCAAGCACGGCGAGGUAGUUCGACUCCAGGACAUCAACAACACCCACCCUAUGAGUAACACCGAGCAUGUCGUCGAAGACGUUCACGAUAUUCUGUGCUCGUACUACAAGGUAGCCCGGAAACGUUUUGUCGACAACGUCUGCAUGCAAGCCGCCGAUCAUUUUCUCAUCAACGGGCCCACGACUCCUUUGGCUCUGCUUUCUCCCACUUUUGUGAGUGGUCUCAGUGCUGAGCAACUGGAAAACAUCGCAGGUGAGGAUCAAGGCACUCGGCGGAGAAGGAUGCAGCUGAAGAAAGAAAUUGCAAGUCUUGAAGAGGCUAGAAAGAUCCUGAAAUAA